AUCCUCUUUCACCUAUUGUGAAAACAACAAAAGAAAAAAUUGCAUUUAUAGCCAUUUUCAAGAACUGUAUGGUGGAUUUUUUUUGUUUUGAUGAUGAGUAUGAAAAUGGGUUUAGUUUCUUUGGACCAACAAAACAACCAUGGGAUCAUGGAUGAGGAAAAUCAAGAUUCUUUGUGUUAUGAUUCUUCUGAAAUUUCGAGUAAUUCUUCUUCAUCUGAUUCGGAGUUGUUUGAUGAAGAAGAAGGAGAAGGGGAUUCGUCUGAUCCAACUUCUCCUAAUUCCUCGUCUGGUGAUUCAAUAAGCCACCAUCACACAAAAGGAGCUUUGCAGAAUAUGUCCACUUUACUUCAAGAACUUCCCUUCAAGAGAGGAUUGUCAAAGCAUUACAAUGGGAAAUCACAAUCAUUCACUUCUCUAUCAAAUGUGAGGAGUUUAGAGGAUAUGGCUAAACCAGAAAAUCCAUACAACAAGAAGCUCAAAUCAUGCAAGAGUUAUGGAGUUUUCUUGGAAGGUUUCAAAUCUGAUAACUUGCAGCCACCUAUUAGAAGCAGUAGUUCUUCAAGACUCAACUCAAAGAGAGGCUCAUGUUCAUCAUUAAGAGCAAAGAGAAAUGGAAGUUUUCUUGGGAAUAAUAGUAGACCUCCUGCUCCUCCAAAUGGAUCAACUAGUUUUACAAGUCAAACCCCUUUAUUUGCUUGAUGGUUCUUAUCAAUAUUUUUUGAAAGGGUUUCACUUAAUAUAUUUACUUUGCUCUUGUUAUUGUUUCUUUUUUCUUUAUGGCUAUGCAAUACACUCCUUUAGUA